GACUAUUGAAGUUGAGGAAUCGCGGAGAAGGUAGUUGUGACAAAACGUCUAUUGUGGAAUCGUGGGAGAGUAUAUGGUGGAUCCAGAGGAGUACCGUCUGCAUUCGAAGCUGGUAGUGUCGGACGACUCGGAUAAAAUCGACGACACGUGUGGCUGCGUAACUGUGAAUUGAAUAUCAACGACAGGUCAUCGUACGGCCGCACAAUGAGCUUCCUAUUUGGAAGCAGGUCUUCCAAGACCUUCAAGCCAAAGAAGAAUAUUCCAGAGGGAACUCAUCAGUAUGAUCUAAUGAAACAUGCUGCUGCCACUCUAGGAUCUGGCAAUUUGAGACUUGCUGUUAUGCUUCCAGAGGGUGAAGAUUUAAAUGAAUGGGUUGCAGUAAAUACUGUUGAUUUCUUCAAUCAAAUUAACAUGUUAUACGGCACCAUCACAGAAUUUUGCACAGAAGAAAGUUGUCCCAUCAUGUCCGCAGGGCCAAAAUACGAGUAUCAUUGGGCUGAUGGGCACACUGUCAAGAAACCAAUCAAGUGUUCUGCCCCAAAGUAUAUCGACUACUUAAUGACCUGGGUGCAGGAUCAAUUAGACGACGAGACAUUAUUCCCUUCAAAGAUUGGUGUUCCUUUCCCAAAAAAUUUCUUAUCCAUAGCCAAGACAAUAUUGAAACGACUGUUCAGAGUAUAUGCCCAUAUUUACCAUCAGCACUUCAGCGAAGUAGUACAACUAGGCGAGGAGGCACAUUUAAACACAUCUUUCAAACACUUCAUAUUUUUUGUUCAGGAAUUCAAUUUGAUAGAGAGAAGAGAAUUAGCGCCGUUACAGGAAUUAAUAGAAAAAUUAACGGCGAAGGACGCCCGAUGAAUGAUCUCGUCUCGUCAUCCGAAAAAAAAAAACAACUCCAAAGAAUCUCACCCGUGCUAUCUUGUAACGAACGUGUAACUACGCAUGUUAUUUAACUAACUUAAUCAUUGCUAAAGCGACCAUUGCCUCUAG